UUAGAGGCUCAUUCACGCUUUGACUCAGUUAGCUUUACUACUACGCGUCCCUACUGACACUUCAGAUGACAACAUAGCAGUAAACUGCAUUAGCAAGGUCGAAAGUAGCACAGUAACGUAGGUUUUUUGUACUUUAUGUUCGUCCAAACGUCUUGUUUUCCUGACUACGGGCUCUUGUCUUUUGGAAACAUCACGGAACAAUAGCAGCAGAGUGCUUUACACGUCCUAAGCGGUAUUUUCGUGGGUGCAGUGCUAGCAUUUAACUUGUUUAGCAGUCAUCAUGGCUAUGGUGGGGCUGAGAGCGUCUUACCACAGAAUCCUCGACAGGAUCGAGCAUGUGCUGCCGGCUAAACUGAGACCUUUUUACAACCACCCUGCAGGUCCAAAGACUGUUUUCUUUUGGGCACCAAUGUUUAAAUGGGGUCUGGUCAUAGCUGGCUUAGCAGACUUGACACGUCCAGCAGAUAAACUCAGUACCUCUCAAUCUGCUGUGUUGACCGCCACAGGACUUAUUUGGUCCAGGUAUUCUUUGGUUAUUAUACCCAAGAACUGGAAUCUCUUUGCUGUAAACUUCUUUGUUGGAGGUGCAGGAGGAUCACAGCUCUUCAGAAUAUGGAAGUAUAACCGGGAACAGAAGACAAAGGAGAAAGAAGCUCAGGCUUGAUACCAGUGCUGUGCAGAGUGCUUCCAGAGGACCGAAAGGGACUCUCCUCAGCAGGUCCCGCAGAAACUUCCCCUCCAUCAUCAGUCUCCACACACUUUCUUCAUGAACAGAGAUCAUCUGAUUCUUUUAGAGUUCAGGUCAUUGUCCCGUGCCACUAGUACCUAUAGCAACAAUUAUUACGGUUGUUUAUACGCACAAAAUGUUACAUAUACAUAUAAGUAUGAUUGUACAUUCUUUAAAAGGCUUGGGUUUCAAAUGCAUCUUGAUAAAGGAGCUUUCCAUCCAAUAUACUUGAUUUACCAUCAUAAUUCUUACCAUUGAGUGAAUUUCUUCACUCAGCCUCUGUCAUACUUUACCAAAUACAUUUUAAGGUCUCUUUCAUUAUAUGUAUUUCUUAGGAAAUAUUAAACAUCUGUAAUUAUUUUUUUUUUUUUUUUUAAUUUUUACACAUCCAUAACAUGAAAUUAUUUUAGUCAAACCCCAUACUUUACAACAUACUGAACUUUACUGUAAUAUUGGACAUUUUUUAUCAAAAUAAUAAUAAAGUUACAUACAAAUUUACUAAAAGCGUCUUGCCCUUAUAAUCAGAUGUACUGUUAAAUGUUCAUGUACAUUUAUCUGCCUAGUUAUUCACCUUUAUCUUCCAUUAUAAAUAAAUUGCAUACUUUAAAGUUACUUAUUAUUUGAAACAGUUAAGGAGUAUCAUACUACCAUAUUACUCAUACAAUUUUUACUGUUUAUUCUGCACAUAGUAAGGAUUUUUUUGUAACAGAAUGUGCAGUGUACAACCUGAGUACAUAUAUCCCACAAUGCAGUGCACACAACCUGACCUAUUUCCAGUGAGACAUUCAAGCUUAUCAGCGGAGAUUUUUAACACCAUUAUUAUUGUUUACUUAUUAUCAGACAGCCAAAAUUAUUAUAAUAAAGCAUUUUCUAGAUUACAAACAUCACUCUUAAAAUUAUGUAUGAGGUUACAUUUGACAACAUUGUAACAUUGUACUGUUUGAAAUGUUUACUGUUGUAAUCUACAUUAUGUUUCAAAUAUUAUUUAUUAUCUAAACAUAGUAUAUACUAUACUUAUUAACUAAAAUGGUAUAUACUAAGCAGUAGUGUACUACUUUCCCACUUAGCCUAUGUGUUUCUGUGACAGCACACUGUUGGCCCCAUGUGGUGCUACAAAAAACUGCAUUCAGUAGAAUGAGAUUGGAAAUGCAGAUAGUGUGAUCUACAUAGAAAAUGUUUCUGGGAACCAUUUUGGCCCUGAAAGAUGCUUCAUCCACAUGGUAAAACAUUGCCUCGCCUACAGGUUGUUUACAUAUAUAACAUUGGUUAAAAAAAUAUUUAUUUUUUAUUAGUUUGAAUGCCUAUGUAAACAAGAGACUGUGAUGUCUGGAUUGGCACCAAGUCUGAAUGUCUCAUGUGGAGAUGUAGGCUGACAUAUUUUUGAGUGAGACCAAUAAUGACUAAUCUUGUAAACGCAGUGUCCAAACUUAACAAAACAUGGAACACAUACAUGACAAACUUCAUGAAUUUCUGAUGCUUAGGGCAUGUUGAUCUGAUCUUUUCAGCAAAGUUAUGCAAGUAAAAAAAAUGAAACCUCAAGUCCAUCCUUGUAGCGAGUCCCUUAGCACACAAGGCCAUAUCAAUCCUUUACCCAGCUUGUGAUUUAUUUUACAAUGCUUGCGAAUGUCACCUAUUAAAAGAUAAACAAUUGUAGUUAGUAUGAAGUACAGUUUUACAUAUUUUAUAAUUAAUAACAUGUUCGAUUUCUCAUAAUUUAUUAUUCUUAUCUUUUUCCAGAUUGUCCUGCUCUAAAAAAAAUUUCAUUUAAAAAUUCAGUUUUUGAGUUUUAUUUUGACUUCUGCCACUUUUUUUAAUUAAUCUUUCAUUAUGAAUUUUUAUUAUUUUAUAUUUUAAUAUGAUAUUGUAUCCAUGUGUUCAGGAAUAAAAAAUUGUUUUUAUCUCA